CGAAGAUGAUUUCAGACACACUGCUAGGAUACUGCCUCUACUCACUGAAGCAGAAUCCUCUGAAGAGUUGCUGAGGCAGAACUGAAAUCAUGGCUCGCCUCAAAGAAGCAGCUGUAUUGGCCGCUAAUGAUGCCUCGCACAGAAAGACAGUGCCCCUUUAACUCGGGGUUUUAAUGGGAAGUUUCUAAGCCUGAAACAACAGCUUUAGAUCCGGGAGUGCCAUCAGCUGCUCGCAGCCACCACUAUCUACUGCUGUAACACAGCUUGGUCGGGAAGAACGGAAACUAAAGAGGCUUCUAACUACCUGUAACUGUUCCACCGGGAAAUGGAUCAAGUGUUUGUCCAGUAUUAAAAUUAGAUGUUAUUUCCUGAGCAAAUGGACCUGGCAAAGGGAAGACACAGAUGCACUGCGUGAUAUAGGAAAAUCCAGUCAGGACUAAAAUACUGCCAUAACCAGCUCUCCAGCGUGCAGUCACCAUGAUCUCACCAGACUGAUGAUGGAAGCAAAGGGAACCUGGAUGUUCUGUGCUCUGCCAUCCCUGGACGAUGGAUGGAGGACAACCCAUCCCUUCGCCCCUCGUGCCCCUUGGGAACAUGUCAUCGGAUUCUAGCAUGUCUCUGGAGCAGAAAACAACGUUCGUUUUUGUGGUUUUGUUGUUUAUUUUCUUGGGCAUCCUCAUUGUCAGGUGCUUCCGGAUUCUUCUGGACCCCUAUCGGAGCAUGCCGACCUCGACCUGGGCUGAUGGGUUAGAAGGCCUGGAGAAAGGCCAGUUUGACCAUGCCCUUGCUUAGUGGGACAUGGGGGCCCUCUUCCUGAGGAGAGGAAGAGGUUCAUGCCCGGGCAAGGAUUCCCUUUAGGUAAUAUUCUCAACAAAUCAAAUUGUAACAAUAUCUCGUCUUAGGAUCACAGCUGUUAUUCCACAAACACAGAGCUGAAUUAAAGAUGUUUUAUUUGAGAACACUGGAAAUGAAAGUUUAUAUUACUAACCCUAAAAAUAGGAAGGUUUAAAUGUCUGUGUUUAGUCAAUGAAUGAAUACUGUGGAGCGUGUGACUGAAAUAGAGAGGAUCAGUGCUGACCAUAGACUUAGCUAUGGAACCAAGCAUUAUCUGGCCUGACCAGAGAAUUAAAGGCUAGAAAAGAUCUGUUCUGAAUCUGGUGACAAGACCAAGAGCCUGCCUUGCUCCCAUCAUGCCUCUGUUUGCUUUAUUUCAGAGGCGUCAGGGUCCCGAGCAUAGUAAGGAAGACUGUCUGGGAGGACUCGAAAUGGACUUACUUUCUCCUAAAACAGGGAGCCCGGGGAAGCAACGGGAGGCUUAACACAGAUGGUUCUGUCCUUGGUAAAUAUGAGUGAGAAUAAUAUCGUAUUAGUUUUCAAACAAAACUGAAUUAGAAGGCUGCAGAGCUUUUCAAAACUGCUUACCAGGCCUAGUGUAUUCUCUGUGUUCACAGUAAUAACAUAUGUAGAGGUAGCUACAUGGAACUUGAAUUUCCUUACAUUAAUAAUUAACAUAGUUUACAAGUACAGCUUUAAGUUCUUUUCUUUUUAAGUAAAAAGCCAACCAUUUGGAGAAGACGUUCACAGUUGUAACAGGAAUGUGCACUUAUGAUGCCUACAGUCACCAAAUAAAACUUCUCAAGAAUCAGCAAUGUCUCUUCUCAUUUCACCAAGACUAACAUGCUGGGAGUGAUGCGUCAUGUUGAAUGCUGAGGCUUAACAUUUUUCCAAGAGAGGGGAAAAAAGCAAGGAGCACG